UUUGACGCAGCUGGAACAGAGAAGACCGAUGCAACACAACACCACCCUGGAAAUUAAAGUCCUUCAUAUCCAUCUCUGAGCAAACAAGGAAUAUGAGGAGGAAGAUGAGCAGUGUGAGGAUGUCUCAGAGGAGAAACCUUCAUCAUGAGGAGUCCAUUCUGUCUGGUACAGAGGAGCUUCACUGGGGUUCAAGUUUAGACAAAGAGGACCCAGAGACCGUGCAGAUCAAAACUGAAGAUGAAGAACUCGGCUCCUCGGUCAGCCUGGAAGCUGUGAAGACUGAAGAUGAUGAGGAGAAACCUCGGUCUCUGGUCCUUCAUCAAAUCCUAACUACAGACAACAGAGAAACAGAAGAUCAGGCCAGCUGCUCAGUUAAACAGGUGAAAGUAGAGACGGAUGGGGAGGGAAGGCAAGAAUCAACCUGUAAGUCCGAUGGUGCCAAUGAUUCUGGCUCUUCUGAAACUGAUAUGAGUGAUGAUGAGCUGAAAUCCCCACAUUCUGAAUCUGAAACAAACCAGUACGAUAAAGGUUUGAAGCUGCCCGUUGGACCUGUGCCAGGUGUGAAUUAUACUGCCAAAAUGUCCUUCGUCUGCUCUGAGUGUGGCAAACAGUAUCUCCAUAAACGGUCUCUUACGAGACACGAGCGUGUUCAUUCAGUAGAGAGGCCAUUCUGCUGUGAAACGUGUGGUACAACAUUUGCUCAACUUUUAUGUCUUCAAACACACAUGAAACUCCAUGCUGGAGAGAAACCUUUUGGCUGUAAUAUUUGUGAUAAAAGGUUUGUUCAAAGCUCACAGUUAAAGAUACACAUGAGCAUUCACACUGGAGAGAAACGAUACAGCUGUGGAGACUGUGGGAAACAAUUUAACAGCGCGUCAAACCUUGGAUCACACACGAGAAUUCACAUUGGGGUAAAACCGUUUCGCUGUGAUAACUGUGGAAAAGGUUUUGAUGAGAAAUCAAGUCUUCAAACUCACAUGAGAACCCACACUGGAGAGAAACCAUUUAGCUGUGAGGAUUGUGGACAAAGAUUUCCUAGUAAGUCAGAUAUAAAUGGACACAUGAAAGUUCACAGAUGUGAUAAAUAUUUUGCCUGUAGUGAUUGUGGGAAAAGGUUUAUUUCUAAGAGGUGUUUUAAUGUUCACAUGUGUAUCCAUACAGAGGAGAAACCAUUUAACUGUGAGACAUGUGGAAAAGGAUUUAGCUGUAAUUCAGUUCUUCAGACACAUCUCAAAAAUCACACUUUGGAGAAGCCAUUUAACUGUGGG